AUGAAGAAACAUUUGCUUUCCCAAUUACGAGUUCCAAAAGUUAUAUAUACAACCGUUCCUGUAGAAUAUCCAGAUAUAUUUCUAGAAGGAGUUGUAACAAUAUAUAAUGUAACUGGUUGGGAAAAUCCUAUGGAUGCAUUUUUAGAUGUAAAUCCAAUACAUAUUCAACAAAUUGUUUAG